CUAUAUCAGAACCAGACCCUUCUCUAUCGAGGACUAUUCUUUGAUACUCAUCCAACCACUUUCUUUGUCCUAAGCACCUCUACACACACUCUCCUUCUAUAAAGUGCAAAUACAAACUUCAUAAUUCAUAUAUGUCAAAAUCUUACUAACGACAUGGAAGCUUCAUGCAAUGAUGACUUGAUUGACUUCCAUUAUAAUGUUGCAGCAGUUACACAUUUUUCACCGACGAUGUCAUUUAAUGGGACACGACUAGUCGUGGAUGAGAUGGAUUUCUUGGUAGAGAAGAAGGGAAGUGCAGUUGAUGAUGAUGAUCAAAUGGUGCAACCAAUGGAGCUUCAUGUAGAUACUAGUUUAGAUCUCCUUACAAAGAGUUCCACUAGCAAUAUUAGAUCAACUAUAGAAGAAGGAUCCUUGGAGGCAAGGGAGAACAAGGGAAGUAAGCUAGCCAUGCUCGCUGAAUUGCACCACAUGAGUGCUGAAAAUCAACGCUUGAGAGAGCUGGUUGAUCAGGUGAACGAUAAGUACAAUACCCUACACAAGCAUCUUAUGAAACUCAAGGAGAAACAACAUAACAACAAGAUUAAAGGAGCCAUAGAGGAAAAGGGUGAGAAAGAUGACACGAUUACAAGGGCAUUCUUGGAUACUGGAGUUGCCAUGACAGAAGAGACUUGGCAGCUGUUGCGGAAACGUCUAGCAAAUUUUAAACCAAAAGCAAAACAAGAAAGAAAGAACACCAAGAAUUUAACGAGGUUCAGCCAAUUAUGCCUACUUCCUCGGACACUACCAAAUAUAUUUCACUAAGAAAUAUUACAAUAGAGAGAGAAGAGAAAACUACAAGCCUUAGAAGUUACAAAUGAACUUGUAGUUGGGAUGAUUUCAAAGUGAAGGGAAGGGUUUCUAUAUAUAGAACCUAAGGCACUACACAUUCCCAAACCUAUCCAAUGUGGGACUAAUUUGGCCACAUCAAAAAAAACUUAUUCGAUGUGGGACUAAAUUUGCCACACCAUAUUCAACAAAUCUCCACCUUGGCAAAUUUCAUAUUUUCAAAUCUCUCAUCUUUGAUAGUGUCUA